AUGACAGACUCUCGUCUCUCAACAUCCGUACAAAGCUUACAAAGCGGCAUUAUUGUUUGGCCAGCAAAAGAGCCUGAUCAAAAUACGUCACGGCCUCAGCGAGCUCGAUUGGUUCUAUCGUGCGAACAGUGCCACAAGUCAAAGAUACGAUGCAAUCGUCGUAGGCCAUGCAACAGAUGCACUAAAGCGGGACGAGAGGAGCAUUGCACAUAUCAAAGUGCCCCGAAGAACUUAGGGCAGAGUAGCCCCGCGACAGACUCCUCCCCGAAGAUAUUCGACCCAUCGCUUUUUGCCCUCUAUCUUGAUGGUAAGGCUAGAUCCAGUACGAUUACUCGGUGGGCAAAACUAGUCUCAGAGUUUCGCGAAGGUCGCGAGUAUUUCUUUGGAAUACAUCCAGACUUUCGAGAUACGUUCCAAAAGGUACAGGACUUGGCACAGCUGUACCCAACUCCUAGAGAAGGCAGUUUCCCGUUCGGCGAUGGAAGUGUUGGCGAAGACACCAUGUCACGAUACCUCAGCCACAUCCCCGAUAAACGGCAGUGUAAUCUCCUCCUUGAUAAUUACUUGCGCACGAUUGAAACCAUCUUCCCGCUAUGGCAUCAUGGGAUGCUUGAGAAUCAAUUCCGUGCCUUCUGCGACGACCCAAACAAAGUCGAUGCUAGUUGGUUCUCUCAAUUUUGCAUGAUGCUCUCGGUAAGCUGCUGGACUGCUCCAGCCUGGAUGCAGUCACAAUUCGAUGUCAACCUGCGAGAAUUGAGCUGGGCCUUGCUGGAAAUUGCAGAGAAAGCUUUGAAGCAGUGGGAACUCUUCGAUCUUCCUGAUAUCGCUACCAUUCGAAGCCUCUGUCUAAUGGCUAUCGCUAAAAUGUUUGAAAUUGUCCCAAUGAGCAGUCUUUCAAGUCUCGCCACCAUAAUGGGAAUGGUGGUUCGAACGGCGAUGAUGCAUUCUAUGCAUAGAGAUCCAAAGUGGUUCACUCACAUGCCUAAAGAAGAAGUGGUAACACGAAGGAAGAUGUGGACCACAAUCGUGUUUCUAGAUCUUUACACUGCUAUCGACGUCGGCCUACCCACCCUCGUGCGAGCUACAGACUACGACACGGGGGCCAUACCAUCAUAUUCGGAGGAAGCAGAUACCGAAUGCACAUCUAAUAGCAGCGACAGUCCGACAGCAUCCCAAACAGACCCAGCCUUUCCCCAUUUCCAAUCUCUCCUCAGUAGGACCUUCGCCUCGGCCUCCUUCAUCAUCAACACCGUCAACUCCGUCAGACCAACAAUUCCAUUCUCUGCUGUCCUCCAUCAUGACAAGAUCCUCCGUGUUCUCCUUGCCGAAGCGUCUAACCUCCCCCUCGAGCCCCUUGGUAGCAUGAACAGUGAGGGGUACAUCCUCGCAACACCCUCCGAUCCCCUCUUCCAGAAGAUCCUGCUAGAAAUCUACAUCCGGCGUCUACUUUUGACCUUGCACCAACCCUACGCCCGCGCUGAAGGCGACUGGGCAACCUAUGAAAAGUCUCACUGGGCAGUCUUAGAAUGCUCCCUAGCUCUGCUGAAUUAUCAUCAGAAACUGGUUGAUAUCAUGCAGCCGAGCAAUGCAUCCUGGCUUGGCGAUCUAUUCGGUAUAUCUUUCAAUAUCGCGUCGAUAUACGUAGCACUUGGACUACGACGAAAUGAGUUCACGUUCGGGGCAGAGCAAGGAGCAGCAGGAGGGGUAGUGGAAGAGGUUGCAGCGAAGGAAAUUGCCUGGGGUGCGUUGAGGAAGAGCACGGACUUGUUUAGAGAGCAGUUGCCGCAUAGUUUGAAUGCGUUCAAGUUUUACAUGGGGAGUGUAUUUUUGAUCGCGGGAUUGGAAGCGUUAGAAGAUGGCGGGGAAGCGGUGUUCUUGGAGAGAAUGAAUGAGGCUGCGAUGAGGAUUGUCGAGGAAACUCAUGCUGCAAGUUUGUAUUUGGUCGAACGAUGUUACAACACUUUCGAUCAUGAGACCACGUAA